UCAUUGCUUAUUCCUGGGAAAAGCGCGAGUAGAUUCGGACGCCGGGGCAGUGCCAUAGGCAUAGGAACGGUGGAAGAGUCACUGAUUGUCCCUGGAAAGAGCCCCACGAGGAAGAAGUCGGGCCCGUUUGGCUCACGCCGCAGCAGUGCCAUCGGGAUCGAGAAUAUCCAGGAGGUGCAGGAGAAAAGGGAGAGUCCCCCCGCCGGCCAGAAGACCCCAGACAGCGGGCACGCCUCACAGGAGCCCAAGUCGGAGAACUCAUCCACUCAGAGCUCCCCAGAGAUGCCCACGACCAAAAACAGAGCGGAGACGGCAGCCCAGAGAGCGGAAGUGCUGAAGGACUUCUCCCGCUCCUCGUCCAGCGCCAGCAGCUUCGCCAGCGUGGUGGAGGAGACCGAGGGCGUGGACGCGGACGACACAGGCCUGGAGAGCGUCUCGUGCUCAGGGACGCCUCACAAACGGGACUCCUUCAUCUACAGCACGUGGCUGGAGGAUAGUGUCAGCACCACGAGUGGGGGCAGCUCCCCAGGCCCCUCGCGGUCACCCCAUCCCGACGCCGGCAAGCCGGGGGACCCUGCAUGUCCGGAGAUCAAGAUCCAGCUGGAAGCAUCUGAGCAGCACACACCCCAGCUGGGCUGUUAGCCAGGCUCCCGCUCUGAAGGUGAAACUGAGCAGAUGAGGCUGCAGAAGCACAAGGUGAAGAUGCUGUGUCAAGUCCAGGUGGAUAGGACCUCUGCCCCCAAGGCCAGCACCAGCCUAUGGGUUGUUGCCCCCUGCCCCCACCUUGGCCACCCGUCUGGGCUGUCUCUGCGGGGCGGAGCCAUCCAGACCUGGGAGGGGGAAGCUGCUGGCAUCAUCCCCACCCCUGAAGCUGGGGCAGGCCGUGGUCAGUUGAAGCAGAACGCCAGGCCUGGCUUGCUCCCACUCCGGGCCUUUCAUCACACCUGGGUGCCCCUCUGGACUCACGGGGAGCAAGAUGGGAGGGGCGGAUUGAGAUAUCUCAGUGCAUACAGAGCCUACCAUGGAGGCAGUGGGAUGUGAGAUAUGGUGGAAUGAGCACUGGGCUGGGAGUCCUGAGUCCUGGCUUCCAAUCUGGGUUCUGCUGUGUGACUUUGGGCAAGUCACUGUCCCUCUCUGGGUACCUCUGUUGCAAAUGGACAAGGUUAUUGCAGAGGUCAUUGAAGACUGUGAUUCCAUGCAUCUGCCCCAGAAUGGGGGGUUUUCCUCCUAGAGGCCCCCCAUCGCCCUACCUUGCUUCUUGGGUUCCCUGGGACCCCAGGUGGGCUGAGGGACUGGGAGCUGGCUAUGCCUGUUGCCCCUCCUGGACCCUCAAGCUCUCCCACAGAUCUGCCGAUGCCCUGUCCACUGCCUCCACCUGACAGACAAGUGACCCCCUUAGGGCAAGGGGGACCUACCUGGCUUCUCAGCCAGCACCCAGCUUAACCCCUGCCAUCCCAUGCUCUGGGCACUCCAGGUCGAGGGGUCUCAGCUGGCCUAGAGUUAUGGGCCUCGCCUUUGCGCCCCCCGCCAACUCCCACGGAGGGGCAGCGAGGCACAGCUGCUGUGAGUCCACACCCUUGUGUGUGUCUGUCCACACUUUUUAGGCACCACGCCAAAGGCCAGCCUUCCGGCCCCAACACCCGUUUUGGAAGCCCCCGUGGCUGUGUGUACGUCGGUAACAGUUGUACAAAAUAAAUUCUAUUUAUCGCUAUUGUA